AUGACGACUCUCAAGGCACUGCCGCUCACGUGCUCGGGCCACUCACGGCCAGUCACACACGUGAGCUUUGGGGAAAUUGAAAACCGCCCGUUUCUGAUUUCCGCCUGUAAGGACGCGCUACCCAUUCUGCGCAAUGGCGCAACCGGUGACUGGAUUGGCACCUACUUGGGUCACAAGGGCUCGACCUGGUGUUCUCGGAUGAGCCAGGGAGGAGAUAGAGACAGCACGCUGGUGUGCACCGCAUCGGCCGAUUUCACAUGCAAAAUCUGGCGCGCGGCCACCGGAGAAGAGCUGCAUAGCAUAGAGCACCCCCACAUUGUGCGGAGCUGCUGUUUUUCGCAGUCCGGCAAGCUGCUGGCCACCAGUUGUCAAGAUGGCCAUGUUCGCGUCUAUCAACUCAAGGACGACAAGUACCAACAGACACACUGCAUCAAAACCAUGUCAAAGACGGUGUUGUGGGUCCAGGACGCCUCCGAGCCGCUACUGAUAGUGUGCACAUCCAAGGGCAUUGAGUGGUGGAGUGUGAAGGACACGUCCGAGCCCAUGCUCAAGGGCCAGGUUUCGCUAGGGGACACUCCGGGGCCGUUUGAGAUUAGUGGUGGGCUUCUGGUUGGUCCGGCUGGAAACCAGGUCUAUGUUCUGGACUCUUUGACAAGAGAAGUGCUCAAGUGCCACAAGCUGGACUACAAUGUAUCUGCUGUGGCCGUGUCUCCGGAUCGAGAUGUCUUUCAAACAGGCAACUCGGGGGAUACGUGGGUUCGGGUGCACAGGUAUGAGACCGGGGAGCUGGUGGACACCUGGAAGGGCCACCAUGGACCGGUUCAUACAGUAGCAUAUUCGCCCAAUGGCGACAUUUCGGCCACAGGAAGCGAGGACGGAACCGUCCGACUGUGGAAAAUUCGCGACGGUCCGUUUGGGCUCUGGAGAUGA